AUGAAUUUCAUUAGUCUGGAUCACUAAAUACAUUCAAUCGAAGAUUAUGAUAUUCUUUGCGCCCUCGACCGUACAGACUACUCCACUGUUUACAAGGCUCUGGACAAGAAGACAGGACUGAUCGUAGCCAUCAAAGUCAUCAAUUUGGUCAAUCAGGCAGAAUUGGCUCAGGCCGUCCAGACUUACCGCACUAAACCCUUCAGAAACAUAUGCUUGGUCGAUAAGUGUUUUGGACAAGAUGGCAAACUCUUUAUAGUGAUGGAAUACUUUGCUGGGGGAUCAUUGAAGGAUUUGAUUCAUUUAUUCAAGAUCAACAAGCAGACUUUGGAGACUCAAUAUGUGCAAGUGAUCAUCCGAGAACUUUUGCUUGGUGUAUAGGAGAUCCAUUAGGAGAGUCUGGUGCAUCGACAUAUUAAAUCUGCUAAUCUCUUCCUUUCCCAAGAAGCCAAGGUCAAACUAUCCUACUUUUCCACCAACAAGGAAUUUGCCGAUACCAUCAAUAAAUCACAAUCCCAUAUCCUCAGUCUCCCCUAUUGGAUGGCUCCAGAAACCAUCUAAUCUUCUUUGACUGAUUAGAAAACUGACAUUUGGGCCAUUGGUAUAACUGCAAUUUCGAAGAUCCCCUAUGAGGAUGUGCCUCCAUAGAAGGUGAUCUUUAAAAUUGUACAACAACCUCCAAGAUUGAGUGGAGAUUAUCCCAAUGAGAUGAUCGAUUUCGUGCAUUAGUGUUUGCAACGAGAUCCUCGACUGAGACCAACUGCUGCUUAGUUGCUUACUCAUCCCUUCAUUAGGAAUGCCAAAAAAACUCAAUUGCUGUUUGAAUUGCUUGAGAGAGCUGGGAUGUUGAGUGGAGAACAACAAUAGGCCAGUUGCGAAACUCUUAAUUACACGCACAAUCGAGUUGUCACUUCCCUCAAGUUAGAUGCCAGUGGGACACCGAUACGAGAGGAUGACGAAUCACUCAAAGAAGAAACCUUGAAGAUCAAGCGGACUUUCAGGAAGAUAGAAAAAUAUAAGCCUGGAUUGGGCAAAAUCGUAUUGACAUUAUACCUUUGCAGAUAUACCAUGAAAUCAUCCAGGUCCUUAAAGCCAAGACCCCCUGAUGAAUACAACAAUCUAAUUACGCAUUCUCAUUAAUUAUAAUAAAUGAAAACCAAUAAUGAGCCUUCUCUCUUCAAAUAUCGAGUCCUUGAACAAAAAAACAAAAAAAUCAUCCUGGAGGCUGAUGAAGAUCACUUCAAUUCUUUCGCCAAUGCUCUGUCAGUCGUUUAAAGGUUUCAUGACGAGAUCAAACAGUAACUCAACCCUCAACCAUCCUCAAGGAAAAUACGCGUGAACUCCGACUCCGAGAAAUCCAACAAUGUGUCUCAUCCCUAUCCCAAUCCCGACAUCAAGGAAGAUCAGGACUUUAGAAGACGCAUUCCUCAUUUCUUCCUCUCUCGUUUCAAGAAGUGGGCCAAAAUGAUGGAACAAGAUGCUGCCUACAAAUAUCUGCAAAAUGUGUAAGAAUCCAAGACCUCCAAACAACAACGAUUUGAAUUGGGCGACUUGCAAAGGUGCUUUCAAGUUUAGGUUAACGAACCCAAGGAGUCCAAGCUUUGCAAGAAUUUACUCAAAGACCUUUUCAUCUCCUUCCUCUAAAAUGAAGCCACACUCCAAAUCAUCCAUUACAAUAAAAUAAGUUCAAUCGAAUAAAAACAUAAAUACAUUGCAGAAAUUAAAAAUAUGAUUUAAGAAAUGUACGAACUCAAACCUUUUGAUUCUUAUCUCUCUUCUGAGAAAAUUAAAGGCAAGAAAACUAUCGCAAACAACAUAUGCCAGUCACCAAUCCAAGAAAAACAGGAGGAACAAAGAGAUGAUUUCCAGAUCCCCUAAAUCCAGGAGAAAUAUUCCAAUGAAAGCUUUAAAAAAUACAACUAAACUCCCUCCCUUGUAAAAAUGAAUAGUUUCUAAUGA